GUCUUUGAAAUUAUAAAGAAAGAAACGACCUACUAGUAUGCUAUAGUCGUUGUACUCCCAUCCCAUGACGGACACCCUCAAAACUCGUGGCUCGAUCAGUUCUAGUCUUCGUCUUGACACAGCAUCCUCGCAUAGAGCGAGAAUUAAAGGAGGUAGCUAGAGGGACCGAGGGACGGAAGGAGCUCGAUGUCAAGUUUUGGGAAGAAGGUGGUUGAGAGUUGGAACGAUUGGCAACUCAUCGUGCUGGUGCUGAUCAGCCUGUUGAUGCAGCUUCUACUCCUCUUCACCGCCGGCUUUCGGAAGCGAACGCGGCCCCGCAAGUUGAGCAAGAUUUACUUCUGGGUUCUUCACGUUGGAUCAAGGUACAUAGCCACUUAUCCCCUUGGAAUCCUCUCCCGCGCUUCGGCAAAGGACCCCAACGCCGAUAUCCAAGCCUUCUGGGCGUCGCUCCUCCUGUUUCACCUGGGCGGCCCGGACGACUUCACCGCUCUGUCUUUGGAGGACAACUUGAUCUGGAAUCGGCAGUGCUUUGAGCUGACCGUGCAAGCAUUGCUUACUGCAUAUGUGUUCUCUCGUUACUGUGUGGACAAGGACUUCAAGUGCUUCAUAAUACCAUUUGUGCUCAUCUCCUUGGCCGGAUUGCUCAAGUGCCUAGAGCAAGUCUUUGCUCUGAGGCAGGCCACAAUGAAAGCGCUCAUAAAGUCAGUUCUCGGGACCCCCGAUGCUGGCCCGGACUACGCUGACACCAUGGACCGCGUGAAUUCGAUGCUGAGAUCCGGUGUACUGCCGUCCAUAAACAUCAACGACAAACGUCGUCUUGGCCGGCCAAACUCAGAUGCUCGGGAGGCCGGUGAUACGAGGGCGGAGCAGACCGUAGAGCAGCAGCAGCAAAUAGCCUUGAAUAAGAUCCUCUCAGCACACAGUCUGUUCUCGAGAUUUAAGGUGCUGUUCGCCGACGGUAUAUUUAGCUUCGAGGACCGGCAGGAGAGCCAAGCUCUGUUCUUAGGUAAGGAUGCCAAGUGGGCUUUCAAAGUCAUCGAGAUCGAGCUCAGCUUCGUGUAUGAUCGGCUCUACACAAAGGCUUCGGUCUCUCGCACAACGCCUGCUGGAAUGACCAUUGUCCGGGUCCCUAGCCUGCUGCUUACCCUUGCAGGCAGUGUCUACACAUUUUUGAAGACGAUUCAUGCAUCCCAGUAUUCGAAGCGGCAUAGAUGCGUCACGUACACGCUGCUCGCAGGGGCUGUGCUUACAGAAGCUAUCAUACUUGCACGUUAUAUUUACUCUGCGUGGACUUUGGUGGGCCGCAGUGAUCACUGGCUCAAACGUAGGUCUGUUGAUCUUGUCAAUCGCAGCAGAUGGUCAGGAUACAUGGCGCAGUCCAAUUUGAUCACAUUUUGCCUGCAAAAGCUGCCCACGGAUUCUCAACUGGAGGACUUCUUGGUUUCGUUUUCUCGUGGAAGACCCAGUGGACAACUCGACAUUCCCGGAGCGGUCAUUGCUCGAAACUUGGGGUUACACAUUACUGCAAAGGCUUUAUCGCUCCUUCGUUUUCGGCUGGCCGAAGCGGCACCCCAGCUAGCCGGUGAAACACUAGGUGCAGCUGCACGGCAGUACUUACAAAGGCGCUCCAUGCUGGAGCAACUGAAAUCCAAGAGCUUCUGGGACAAGUACAAGAAAAGAAGAUAUGUUCCAGUACAAGACAAACUCACGGACUUCAUCUUCGACCAAGUGAAGAAGAAAGAGGCCACUUUCAAUCAACGGAAGGAAGAUAACCGGGCAACACGAAAACCUGACAGCCAUAAACCCAUGACCGAUUCUAGGGGUGACUCGGUGAUCAAGGAGGAAAAAGUCGUUGAUAGUCUGGGGUGGAGUCUCCAUGGAAAAGAUUUUGACGAGAGCCUGCUCUUGUGGCACAUUGCCACUGACUUGUGUUACCGCGAAGAAGUGAAUCAGAGGAAUAGUAGCACCGAUCAACAAGCCGCCGGCCUACAAGUCAAUACAGGGAAUAGCAGAAUCGGUCAGCAAGUCGAGAAACAUAGGGAAAUUGGAGUGGAGAUAUCCAAUUAUCUGCUCUACAUUAUGGUAGUGCACCCACUGAUGCUCUCCUCGUCCACGACCAUGGCCAUAAAGAGGUGCAGGGACACCUGCGCCGAAGCAAGGAGACACUUUCUGAAAGAGCAUAUCCAGACUAACUUCUCCAGCGAUAAGAGCAAAAUUAUCAGUGAAGAGAACGCCCACGAAACCCUGCUCAAUGUAGAUACGCCGCUGCGGGCAUCGGUGGUGAAAGGGGACAAGAGCAAAUCGGUGCUGUGGGACGGGUGCUUCCUCGCCAAGAAGCUGAAUGAGAUAAAGGAUAGGCGUAAGAAAUGGCACGUCAUAUCCAGGGUAUGGGUGGAGAUGUUGUGCUACGCGGCAGUGCAGUGCGGAGGAUACCAGCACGCGGAGCGGCUCAAGGAGGGCGGGGAGCUCAUCACCUUUGUUUGCCUCCUCAUGACUCACCUUGGCAUGGGAAAACAUUACAGGACUGAAGUCGGGGAUGCGUACGCGCACCUGUCUCCAUUUACUGCACCCCGACAUCCUCCUGCCCAAGCUGAUCGUCCAGGAGUCCAGCAGGACGCAACGAUCUCAACUGACGAAGCCUCCACGUCAGGCCACGGGCACGGUCACCUGUAAUUUGUGACUACUGUUUACUAGUACCCUACCCCCUUUCAUGUACUACGUGCUAUGCACAUCGUUUCUGUCGAUUGCUCGACCUUCUUUGAUGUAACUGUUUUCUGUAAACCCGUCUGUUAGUUGUCUUCGAAGCCAUAUUUCUAUCAGAUUGCUACAUUACUCCUAGCCCUUGGGGUUUACCCGUCUUCUUGUAUGGUGUUCAGGAAUAAGAAUUUUUUAGAAACAUGAUUCAAUUCAAUUCAGUACUCUACGUGUAUUGUA